GUAUAAAACCUAAGAAUCCGGAGAUUGCACGCUAGUCUAUAAAAGGAAUCGGUUGGUAGUGGGUUUAGUGGAGUGAUAAUGAGGUUUAUUUCAGUAAUACUCUUGAUCUACAUCACGUCGGCGACAUCCAAAUCGCCGAAAAAAUUCAAGGACGAGUCGAAAAAACUCAUUACGAAACCGAAAUCUCCUCCGGCAAUUAUUGCGAUCGAAAUCGUCGAUCCCAACGAGAACAAGACUUCGAAAAAUUCCAAGAGGACGAUCGACUCGUCCUUAGGCUACGGCUACCAAGCGCCACCCAAAUUCCAAGUUUACAAGUACUCCCAGCAUGACAUACCCCCAUACCGAGGCCCCCCGACUGUCUUCAAACAAGGCAUCCAAUCACACAACUAUGACGUACAAAAAUCAAUUUCCUACAACGUCCAACCGGGCACGACUUUAUACUCGAGCGUCAAUAAUCAGGGACAAGUUGGAGGACUAUCCUCGUAUCUACCUCACCAAGGACACGAACCCCAAGUACCUGUCAUAAUCCUGCGCGUUUUCCCGAGUCAACUGACCGACCCUUCGGCCGUACUUCACCCCAAUUUGCCCCAAACUCACCCCAUGGCCCCUGUAGUUAACUCAAUAGAUGUCCAAGCUUUGCUUGCCAAGUAUGUGCAAAGUUCGCUAGUGGAACAACAACCCCAAUAUCACCACCAACAACAAUACAACGAUGGGUUGCUAACGCACGAAAAUUACCCCAAAGACACCCACACGAGGGUUAUUUUCCAUAAAAAUCAACCCGAAACCAUUGCAGUCCCGGAACAUGCUUACAGUGCGGUUCAAGUGGAAACGCCAGAAAUGCAUUAUGCGUAUACGAGUCCUGGUGGUGACUCUAGCCAGGAUUAUUACUAUGAUCAGGGCUCGAAUCAAGGACAAAAUUACUAUUACCCAACGUCUCCCGAUGCUGGGUACCAACAAGUUGACCAAGGUGAUUAUCAGCAAGAUCUGACGCCCCCAGUUCAGGAUAAUAACGAGGGUCAUUACAAUUAUCACGCGCAUCAGAAAAGGAGUAAGAAGAAUAGGCUGUCGAGGAUACGACUGGAUGAGAUUAGGGAUAUAAUUAAGUUAGACCCUAUCAAAGCUUGAUUUAUUUAGGUUUAUACCAUGUUCAUGUGAUUGUAACGUAUUAACAGUGACCUGUAUUUACAUUUUUGUACAUUUAUUUAUGUUUUAUUAAUAAAACUGUACAGUAAUAA